AAUAAUGGGAAAGAAACAAUGAAUGCCUCGAAAAGUAUCUAAGUGGCCUUAGGUCCACGAGUUCAAUUCGGGACAGCAGGCUCCUAGAGAGAGAGAGGGAAGGGUAGUGAGAAACAAAGCGUAGCAGGCAGAGGCAGCAGCGACACCGCGGAAAGCGCCCAUCGCCCUUUGUCACCACCACUACCACUUACCAGCGACCAGCAGCGCGAGAAGACAGAAUAAUGCCGCUGAGUUGAGCAUAGUAGAAGAUUUCUAGAAGCUGAAAAUGGUCGACACAAAUUCAAUCGAUGUAAUUCUGGACUUUUUAAAACGGAAUCAGUUCACAAGAGCUGAGGCAGCAUUGCGAAGUGAGCUCAGUAACCACCCAGAUUUGAAUGGUCUUCUCAAGGAACUUACACUUGAAGAAAAGGGUUUAGGGGACACGUUGGGGGUAGAAAAUGGGGAUAAACCGAUGGUGGAGAACCGACUGACAGGUUCACGAAAUAAUCUUGAUGUUUCCAAGGAGCUUAUUGUGAAGGAGAUAGAGUGUGGAAGUGGUAGAAAUGGUGCUGAAAGCAAAUGGAAAAAUGAUUCUGAGUUUGUAGAGAGGAACAAAUCAAAUGAAUCAGUUGGAACAAGUGACAGGAACUUCACUUUUUCUCAAGGUUCAGAGGAUACUGUGCUUGAUUUAUAUUCAUGGAAAGUCAAAUCUAGCAAUGGUUUGGUUGGAAUUUCUCAGAAUGAUGGGAUUAAGGAUACACAUAACUUUCCAGAGCUUCAGGUAUCUGAAAAAUCAAGAUAUCAUACAGGAGAAGUUUCCGAAUCAAAGAAAGCCAACUUCAAAACAGGAGAAGGUGUUGUUUCAUCCAGUGAAAAGAGAGACUUGUGGCACGGAAGUGCUAGCACAGGAAUUGUGGAAACCAAAUAUGACGUAUCCCAAAAAUCUGAAUCGAAGGAACUAGAUCAGCAAGUUAAGACUGCUUCUGUAUACAUGAAAGAAAACACUGCAGAUAUUUCAUGGUAUAAAGGUAAAGAUUCUUCAUCGUCAGACUUGCUGAAAGAUUGUUCUGUGAAGACCGUUUUUCCAUUUUCCAAGGGAGAUAUGUCAAACUGUUAUGACAGCACAAUUUGUUCUGACAAACUAGAUGUGAAGAGAAAAGCAGAGGUGAAUGAUAUAAGGGCAACAAUUAAAGAGCAGGUAGAUGAGGUGGGUAGAACUUUAUAUUUUGGCAAGGAUAGUGCUGAGCAAAAAACUUUAACCAGUUUAAGUCUAGCUCUCGUGGCUGAAAGUCAGAAGGAGGAAUUGCCUCGAUUGCCGCCUGUUAAACUGAAGUCUGAAGACAAACCCUUGAGUCUUAAUUGGAAGGAAAACUUUGAUCGUGAUGGACAAAUUGCAAAAUUUACGAGCAUUGACAGCUCCCUUCUUAUAGGCUCAUAUCUAGAUGUUCCUGUUGGGCAAGAAAUUUCCUCUUCUGGUACAAAGAGGAAUGUUGGUGGCAGUUGGUUGUCUGUAAGCCAGGGAAUUGCAGAGGAUACAUCCGAUUUAGUUUCUGGCUUUGCUACUGUUGGUGAUGGCUUAAGUGAAUCUCUGGACUAUCCAAAUGAGUAUUGGGACUCUGAUGAAUAUGAUGACGAUGAUGAUGUUGGAUACAUGCGACAACCUAUUGAGGAUGAGGCGUGGUUUUUGGCUCAUGAGAUUGACUAUCCAAGUGACAAUGAAAAGGGAACAGGGCAUGGAAGUGUCCCAGAUAUGCAGGAUAGAGCUCAAACCAAAUGUGAGGAUGAUGAUCAAUCUUUUGCCGAGGAGGACUCGUAUUUUUCUGGUGAGCAAUAUUUUCAAUCAAAACAUAUUCAACCAGUAACAACCUCAGAGGAUCCUAUGGGGUUGACUGUGACUGAAAUGUAUGGGAGGACCAAUGAGAAUGAUUUAAUGGCUCAAUAUGAUGGGCAGCUGAUGGAUGAAGAGGAAUUAAACUUGAUGCGUGCUGAACCUGUAUGGCAGGGAUUUGUCACCCAGACUAAUGAGCUGAUAAUGUUAGGGGAUGGAAAAGUUGUAAAUGAGUCUAGAAAACCAAGGCUUGAUGAUAUUUGUGUGGAUGAUGAUCAGCAUGGUUCAGUUAGAUCAAUUGGUGUGGGGAUCAAUAGUGAUGUAGCAGAUAUUGGCAGUGAAGUACGUGAAAGCUUGGUGGGAGGCAGCAGUGAGGGGGAUUUAGAAUACUUCCAUGAUCAUGAGGUUGGAAUUGGUGGCCCCAGACUUCCUUAUCAUGAUUCAGAAAAAAAAUAUUUGGAUAGAUCAAACAGGGAUAAGAAGAGAUCUAGUAAACAGCAACCAAAUAAACAAGCAUCUGGGAAUGAUACAAGCAUGUGCUCACAGAUGCAUAAUCAAACUGACGGGGGAUUUUCAUUUCCCCCACCUUUGAGAGAUAGGCAGUUGGUACAGGCAGGCUCUAGCAAAUCUUUGUGGUCUAACAACUCUAACAGAGUGAUCACUGAUGAAAAUGAUGCUUCUUUGAAUGCUUUGAUGCAAUCUAAUAAUAUGCUUGCUUCUUGGCGGCCAAAAAGUUCUGAUUCUUCACCUGAUAAUAGUCUUAGGGAUGAAAAUAAUGCUAAUGCUAUAAGGUCCGGAAGUUCAAGUCCUUCCAUGCUUUCCAACUAUCAUUACACAGAAAGAGAGCACACCAAGCUAGAAAAUGACGAUAAAAUUAGCAGUGUGAGGGAAGAAGAUCCUGUGGCAUCACUCGAGGAUGAAGAGGCAGCUGCUGUGCAAGAGCAAGUGAGGCAGAUAAGAACUCAGGAGGAGGAAUUUGAGUCUUUCAACCUCAAAAUUGUGCAUCGUAAAAACAGAACUGGCUUUGAGGAGGACAAGAAUUUCCAUGUGGUAUUAAAUUCUGUAAUAGCUGGACGAUAUCAUGUCACUGAGUAUCUCGGGUCAGCUGCAUUCAGCAAGGCUAUACAAGCACAUGAUUUGCAUACAGGCAUGGAUGUUUGUAUAAAGAUUAUAAAGAACAACAAGGAUUUUUUUGAUCAGAGCCUUGAUGAAAUAAAGCUUCUAAAAUAUGUUAAUAAGCAUGAUCCGGCAGACAAAUACCACAUUCUGCGACUAUAUGAUUACUUCUACUAUCGGGAGCAUCUGUUGAUUGUGUGUGAACUUCUGAAGGCAAACCUAUAUGAGUUUCACAAAUUUAAUAGGGAAUCAGGAGGAGAAGUAUACUUCACCAUGCCAAGAUUACAGUCAAUUACAAUUCAAUGCUUGGAGGCACUUCAGUUUUUACAUGGUCUUGAUCUUAUACACUGUGACUUGAAGCCUGAAAAUAUAUUGGUGAAAAGUUACAGUAGAUGUGAGGUGAAAGUUAUUGAUCUCGGAAGUAGUUGUUUUGAGACAGAUCACCUCUGCUCCUAUGUUCAAUCUCGAUCCUAUCGUGCCCCAGAGGUUAUCUUGGGACUUCCGUAUGAUAAGAAGAUAGACAUAUGGUCUCUUGGCUGUAUCUUGGCAGAACUUUGUACUGGCAAUGUUCUAUUCCAAAAUGAUUCGCCUGCUACGUUACUUGCACGAGUGAUCGGAAUUAUAAGUCCUAUCGAUCAAAGUAUGCUUGCCAAGGGACGAGAUACAUACAAAUAUUUUACCAAAAAUCACAUGCUGUAUGAACGAAAUCAGGAAAGCAAUAGACUGGAAUAUCUAAUACCAAAAAAGACAUCAUUAAGGCACCGAUUGCCAAUGGGGGAUCAAGGGUUCAUUGACUUUGUUGCCCAUCUGCUUGAGAUAAAUCCCAAGAAACGCCCUUCUGCAUCUGAGGCACUUAAACACCCAUGGCUAUCUUAUCCUUACGAACCCAUUUCGUCAUGAAUCAUCUGAAGUUUCUCUUGGUGCAGAUAAAUAUAUAACAGUUGUCUUCGUGAUUGUAGUUUGUUGGCUUUUCAAGCAGGAUGGAGCCGCAUGUGAUUCAUAUGGUUGGCCUUUCUUACUGAUUUUUGAAGGGAUUUUUGCACUUCAAAUUUCUUCCCAAUCGAAUGAAAGGUUUGUUCGGUUUUUCUUGUUGUAUUGAACUUUUUAUCCCCUUACCAAGUUGUGCCCUAUUUAACCGCAAUCAAAAUGUAGUUUUUGCUGACAUUAUGUAUUUUUGGGGGUUUAUUUUCACCGAUUUGGAAAGGGGGCAAUCUUGUUGUACAUGUGUGAUAAUUCUUUAGGUUACCGAUUAUAUUUUGCGAAAAUACUUGCUUGUCCAAAUUUGAAGCAAGGGCAGUGAUGGUACGUUAGAGUAUUAAUUCUCAA